AUGUACAUCAGCAACUGGGAUGAGUUCCAAAAGGCAGUCGAGGAGCUUUAUACGACUUCACCAGAAAGGACGCGCUACGUUUCUCGUUUCCGUCACUCGGAUGGGGAGCUAAUUCUCAAAGUUACUGACGAUCGAAAGAUUGUCAAAUACAAGACGAACCAGGCAACGGAUCUCAAGAGGUUUACCAGAAUGAAUCUCAACCUCAUGUGCAAAAUGCAAAACCGAGUAUUAGAAGAGCCUACUAUUCCCCCUCCCGCCGCCACCUCACAACCUGAAGCUGUCCCAGCGUCUUCAUCACCCAAACCGCAACAAAAGAACAAGAAGAACAAGAAGAAAAAAUAG